GAAUACGUCUUAUUCGGAGCUAAAAUUGUAUACAGUCAAAUAACUCACCAAAUAUUUUCUUCUCUCUCUGCCCUCUAUCAUCGACUUUAUUAUAAGUGUCCCAUUGGGGAGGACUUAUUACUUGGGAAAUGAGUGGGGAGUGGUGGGAAGUAUUAAAAAUCCAUGGUUGAUCAAAUUUAGCUCGCCAACACUCUUCUCUCCUCUCCUUUCCUGUUUGUACUUGCUGAAACAAAUAAGCAAGCACACAUUCCCCUGCUUUCCCCUUCCCUGGGCUUAAUUUCGAAGUACAGAAGCGUGCAUGUUCGAUAUUGGUUGUCAGCGGACGCGGUAUUUGCCCCGGUCGAUAAGUGUGUGGCCGGAAAGUACAUAGUUCUAGACCUCCCCUGGUCUUCUUCUCGUGUCUUCAUUGGAAGGCUCUUUUGCUAUCACUGUCCGGAAAGGUCUUUCUGGGAAACCGUUUUCUGUUCCUGCCUACUGCAGAAAACAAGCUGCUUUGAGGGAACAGUUUUCUGAAAACUGUGUCGCGAAUUGUGUACUGGGGGUGGCUUUGGGAAACGGCAUUUUGUUCCUUUAUUCUCUGUUUGACCCACAAAUGGAAAACAAUCCCAUUUAGCAUCGAUAAAUCCAUCCAUUGCUCUGCUUCAUCUCGAGGGGAGCCACCUGCUGCUUAUGGUCAAACUUAAAGGGGCCAAAGGAAAUAUCAUCAAUGCCGGAGCUGUCGAACUCGAACUCCGACCGAGAGGCAAUCUCGAACUCCCUCUCAUCCCCGCCCUCAUCCCCUUCCUCUCCCACCGGGUCAUCUGACUCAUCAGCUACCCCUAAGAAACUCUCCCCCUAUGCUGCCAGUGUUAGGAAACUUGCCAGCCAUGACGCUGACAGCGACCCGAAGAAGGCGAAGCGAGCUCGGGACACAAGCAAGCACCCGGUGUACCGCGGCGUCCGCAUGAGAAACUGGGGGAAGUGGGUGUCGGAGAUCCGCGAACCGCGGAAGAAGUCUCGCAUCUGGCUCGGGACGUUCUCGACCCCGGAGAUGGCAGCCCGAGCCCAUGACGUGGCGGCGCUCAGCAUCAAGGGCAGCUCUGCCAUCCUCAACUUCCCCGAGCUCGCUGCUUCCUUGCCCCGCCCAGCUUCCCUCUCCCCCAGGGACGUCCAGGCUGCUGCCGCCAAGGCCGCCCAGAUGAAUGAAUUCGAUCCCGUGUCAUCGUCCUCGACCUCUUCUUCCUCCUCCUCCACACUGACUUCUUCGAGCUCCCUGUCCUCCCUCGUCUCGGCAAUGGACCUCUCAGAGGAAUCAGACGAGUUGAGUGAGAUCAUCGAGCUCCCGAGCCUCGGAAUGGGCUACGACUGGGCCCAUCCGAGCACCGAGUUGGUAUACGUCGACCCCGUGGACGGGUGGAUGUACCACCCGCCGUGGCUGGAAAAUAAUGCCAGUAAUGACUUCGAGGACUGUAUGCGAAGUGGAUUUGAAGGUUUGCUGUGGUAAAAAUAAAAUUGUGGGGAAAGGGUACAUCUGAAGCAUAUGAGAAAGUACGGUGGUACUUGUGUAAUUUGUUCUGACGUCGAUCAAUCUCUCACCAGUCCUUUUCUUUCCUCGUGUACUCUCAACCGUCCUUUUCGUUUCUGUUCCCUCUGGUCUUCGAUUCCUUUUCAUGGUUGCCCCCCUUUGUGGUUUUUAUUUUCUCUGGAGGGGCCUAAACUUUGAUACCUUUGUUAUGAUCCACAAAACUUUUCUCCCUGUCUCUCUUUGACACCCUACUAGAUGUGAAGGCCAGCUUCUAACUGUGCAUAACUUGCUUGUCUUUCUGUGUUGGUGAGCUUUUGGGUGCAUAUUAGUAAUUACAUUUUAUCUU